AGGCCGUCGGCCAUUUUGUGCCUGCUUCCCGUCGGACGCGGCGGUGGACGUCCGUUGGGCUCGGCUGGUUCUCGCCUCCCGUGCUUGCCGGGGUCGGCAGCGCCGAACGCGAAGGCCGCGAUGGGUCGCAAGAAGAAGAAGCAACUGAAGCCGUGGUGCUGGUAUUGCAAUCGAGAUUUUGAUGAUGAGAAGAUUCUUAUACAGCACCAAAAGGCAAAGCAUUUUAAAUGCCAUAUAUGUCAUAAGAAAUUAUACACAGGACCUGGCUUAGCUAUUCAUUGCAUGCAGGUACAUAAAGAAACAAUAGAUGCUGUACCAAAUGCCAUACCUGGGAGAACAGAUAUAGAGUUGGAAAUAUAUGGUAUGGAAGGUAUUCCAGAAAAAGACAUGGAUGAAAGACGACGACUUCUUGAACAGAAAACACAAGAGAGUCAAAAAAAGAAGCAGCAAGAUGAUUCUGAUGAGUAUGAUGAUGAUGAAUCUGCAGCUUCAACUUCAUUUCAACCACAGCCUGUUCAACCUCAACAAGGCUAUAUACCCCCAAUGGCACAGCCAGGACUACCACCAGUUCCAGGAGCACCAGGAAUGCCUCCAGGGAUACCUCCAUUAAUGCCAGGUGUUCCUCCUCUGAUGCCAGGAAUGCCACCAGUUAUGCCAGGGAUGCCUCCUGGAAUGAUGCCAAUGGGUGGAAUGAUGCCACCUGGACCAGGAAUACCACCUUUGAUGCCCGGCAUGCCACCAGGUAUGCCACCUCCUGUUCCACGUCCUGGAAUUCCUCCAAUGACUCAAGCACAGGCUGUUUCAGCACCAGGUAUUCUAAACAGACCACCUGCACCAACAGCAGCAGUUCCUGCUCCACAACCUCCAGUUACUAAGCCUCUUUUCCCCAGUGCUGGACAGAUGGGGACACCUGUAACAAGCUCAAGUACAGCUUCAUCCAAUUCAGAAAGUCUGUCUGCAUCUUCUAAAGCUCUGUUUCCUAGCACAGCACAAGCUCAGGCAGCUGUCCAAGGACCUGUUGGUACAGAUUUCAAGCCCUUAAAUAGUACUCCUGCUACAACUACAGAACCCCCAAAACCAACAUUCCCUGCUUAUACACAGUCUACAGCUUCAACCACUAGUACAACAAAUAGCACUGCAGCUAAACCAGCAGCUUCAAUAACAAGUAAGCCUGCUACGCUUACAACAACCAGUGCAACCAGUAAGUUGAUCCAUCCAGAUGAGGAUAUAUCACUGGAAGAGAGAAGGGCGCAGUUACCUAAAUAUCAGCGCAAUCUUCCUCGACCAGGACAGCCUCCCAUAGGUAAUCCUCCAGUUGGGCCAAUUGGAGGUAUGAUGCCACCACAACCUGGCAUCCCACAGCAACCAGGAAUGAGACCCCCAAUGCCACCUCACGGUCAGUACGGUGGUCAUCAUCAAGGCAUGCCAGGUUACCUUCCUGGUGCUAUGCCACCAUAUGGGCAGGGACCUCCAAUGGUGCCCCCUUUCCAAGGUGGGCCUCCUCGACCUCCAAUGGGAAUGAGACCUCCUGUAAUGUCGCAAGGUGGCCGUUACUGAUCUUACUUCAUCCAAUCUAAUAGGUUUGGAGAUUAAACCUUUUAUCAACUUGUGCUGUUUAUCUAGCCAAGCUUCCGUCAAUAAGGCUUCAUUGUGACUUUAACAUUACCUUCCUACAUACCAGGAACUAUUGGACAUUUAUUUUACAUGGGAAAAAUUAUUUGGAAUAAAAAAAAAAGCAGGAACUUUUCCUGAGGUUGCAAUUUAUACUGUAUGGCUUCUUUUUCAUGUUUCAUCUAGGUUUUUAGAAGUGAAGUAUAGUAAAUUGGGUUCGUUAUAUUGUGAAGGCGCUGGAAUUACAUGAACAUACCACCUUAUAAUAAAGGCAAGUUCUGUAAUCUUACAUUGCUAUUUGUAAAGUUAUGCCUUCACAGCAUUUCAGAAUGCUGUUGGACUUUAUGUCCCCAACUUAGCUUGGUGAGGGCUGUAACUGUUUCCAAGUACCUGUACAUUGGAGGUCUGAAUGUUUAACAAUAUUUAAUGUACUUAGAGUUCCUGUUGCAGGGUUUAAGAAAUCUGACCUACCUAAGGUCAUGUGACUUUUCUGUACUGUUAAACUUCAUUGUAAUAAAAUGAGAGAAAAA